AUGCGGUCGCUCGCUGUUUACGCUCUUUUGGCUUCGGCCGCCACUCGCGCCACUGCUGGACCAGUUCAGGCCAGAAGGGCGGCCAGAGGGGAAUUUGAUCCGGACCAACUGGAUGAACUAAUUCAAGGCUUUCAAGGCUCGCAAAACGGGGGAGGGAACGGCGGCGGCAAUUCCGUCGGCAACCCCGGCGACAACGGCGGAGGCAAUGGUGUGCAAGGGCCUGGGCAGAUCCAAGCGCCGGGUUCGGAUACCACGAUUACUACUGUCAUCACGCCUACUCUUAGACAACCUGGGGAGACACUACCGCCGCUCCCGGAGUUGGGCCAAGCGCCAGCAGCCCCAGGUUCGCCCCAAUCGCCUCCCGCAAAUCCUCCGCAACAGCAAAUACCACCUAGCUCGGCAAUUUUGAUCCCAGGCCAGGGAUCAGGUACCACGAUUACCACCGCCAUCACGCCUACUCCACCUGCGCAACGGCAAUCGCAAGUCCCAGCAGCUCCGCCAAAUGCGGGUGGCGGGCGUGAGCCCAACAAUCCGGGUCUUCAAGCCCCUCCUGGAGGAAAUGCAAACCCGCCACUGUCUCCCGCACCGGGGCCUAAUUCCGGGUGCCCAGUCGUCGGAGGUGUCCAGUUGUCAUUCGUUCCCACCACGGUGUUCGCCGAGGGUCCGCCUCCCACCAUUACCGUAACGGUGACUCCUCCGACUAUAACGCAGACCAAGGUAGUUACGGUACAGGCCAACUCGGGCUCAAAUGGCGGUGUCGGUGGCGGUGGUAAUAGAAACGGUACUACUGGCAAUGAGAACGGCAAUAGAAACGGCAAUGGCCAGCCUGCAGCCCCAGAGGUUGAGCCCACCGUGACGCCAAACAAGGACGGCAACGGAGUUGGCGUCACCGUCAUUUCCAUCUUUAGUCCCAGCAUCCCGGCACCGACUGAAAAGCCGUCUGAGGCUGCUCCUCCGCCACCCGCAGCCGAGAUUGAGCCGCCAGCCGCUUCGUCAAGCAAAACUGCGGUGCCAGGCGAAGCGUCAUCAACGGUCUCUCCCGAAAAGAAGCCCGGUGCAGAGCCAACUCCCGCCAAACCAGUUGCUGCAGAGCCGGGUGCUGCAGAGCCAAAACCCGAGGCAACUUCUGCCAAACCAGUUGCCGCAGAACCAGUUGCCGCAGAACCAGGUGCCGCAGAGCCAAAACCGGCAGAGUCAACUUCUUCUACCCCAACACCGACCAGCACCAACUCUCCGCCGGGCGAUAAGCCGGACGCCGCUGCGCCGCGCGAGUCGGCCGUCCAGGGAAAGCCAAGCGUAGUCGAUCCUGCCCCGGCUCAACCGGCAGCGACGGUCUCCCCGGCGCUGCCGAUUGACCUGUCCGGGUUCAAGUUGAGCAGCCAGCUCGAGCUGGGCAACUUGAUAGCUCAAGCCACGGCCGGGUCCGAGGCCGCGCCCACCCCGACGUAG